AUGUCAGAUAAACACGUCGAAUUUCGUAAUCCCGACUACUUGCCAAUUGAAGCGGUGUUAUUAACUGUGACGAACGCCGGCGUUAUACAACAAAUUAAAGCUUUGGAUCCGUACUGGGUGGAUAAUAAGACAUUGUCUGUUUAUGAAAGACCACCAUCAGGCAGCAGUAUGGUGAUUGGUGCUGUGGACAUGUGGAAGACCAAGAUGGCAGUAUACUUAACAGAUUUGAAAUGGCUACUGAGUUUGGAAUACCAUAAGUUCUGGAGUACAGUUCUCUAUCACCCGACAUGUAUGGACACCCUCGUGUCGUUUUUACAAGAAGCCACCCCUCCAUAUUUACCCCCACACGAGAGUAAAGAGAUACAGAAUUUAUAUGAGGAGAUUAGAAGAUUUGUACUUAUAGUUUUUAGUAGACUUGUCACGAAUAAAGAGAGCAAAUCUUGCUGGAUGUCAAAAGAAUAUAUGGGUGACAUACUGUACAAUAAUUUCAUAUUCACGAUACCGAUAAUAUGGGACAUAUGUUUGACAUAUGGUGUGGACAACACAAGGCACGUGUCACGAGUGUUGGACAGUCUCUUCACAUUGCAGCCGAGGUAUGAGACAGAUGCUGUGGCUGCUGUGGCCUUCGUUAAUGAGGCUUUUAAAUUCAUUAUCCUACAAGUCAACAAAGAUUAUGAUAGUGAUGAGCCACCGAACUUACCUGAGACCUUCAAAGGGUUCAGCGAGAUAAGGCGGCCCACAAACAGUAAGACAAAGGAUAAACUCACUUUUGAAGUGCUCAAAGAUUUAAUAAUACAUUUGUUGGACACCGCAUUGACUCUGAGGAUAUUUAUACAAGUGUACCCUAAGGGAGUUAAUAUAUUUAGGAAGACUAAUUUUGUUUUAAGUAUAGUUCAACUUUACGAAUAUGGUGUACCGCAGCUUUACGAGAAGCUGGAGGAGGUGGGGGAUCAGACCAGCGUCGCGUAUACCGAAGUAGAGUCGUACCUCGACACGGCUAGAGCUGAACUCAUCGAUGUAUUUAGAGAGAUAUUGGCGGUUUAUAAAAACGCUAUAUUUAGUGAAGAAGGUAGUAAAGAGAGCCACGUGGAAGAUUACCUGGCGGUGAUGAUGGAAGGUCUCUCCGAAAGGCUUCUCAUCAAAGACUACCACAGCUGUUACCCGGUGCACGAGGACCUGGACUUACUGAGGCAGGCGUGUCCUGAAAUAGACACAGUGAAAACGGACUUUAUAUUGCAAGCUGUCUACUCGAGCCUGGACGAGCCGGCGCCGGAGCCCGCCCCGCCCCCCGCCACCAACACCGCCGCCCCCCACAUCGGUAUCCCCCACCCCGCCCCCCCGGACAGCGAGAUCCCGGACACUGUCAAGGAGCAGUCGCUGAUCAGCGAGGUCCGGGACAUCCUGCCGCACCUCGGGGACGGCUUCAUACUGAAGUGCUUGCAACAUUACGGCUUCAAUUCCGAACGGGUGAUAAACAGCGUGUUGGAAGAUAAUCUGGCGGAACCCUUGAGAGCAUUAGACCGGAGCCUGCCGAUAAUACCGGAGGACCCGGUCGACAGGCGCUACCUCGAGACCGGUAUCCAACGGUUGAACGUGUUUGACGGAGACGAGUUCGACCUCAUGUCCCGGGACGACGUGGUCACGGCCCGGAUGCACGUCGGCAAGCGGAGGUCCAAGUACAAGGACCUCACGCAGAUGCUCGACGACAAGACGGAGCUCCGGGGGCUCGCGGACAUUUACGCCAAGUACAGCGUGGUGUGCGACGAGGAGGACAUGUACUCCGACGAGUACGACGACACGGACGACUGGCAGCCGCCCGCCGCCGGCGACCACCCGCCCUCCGAGGAAUCGGAAGAGGAGCCCGAGCCGGAGGAGGAGAAACCUUCGAGCAGCAGGAACAGGAUGGACUUCUGCGUGAACCCCGAGGAGCUCCGGGCGAGGCGAGAGGCCAGCUUCCAGGCCAGGAGGGGCAGAGGAUACAGACCUCCUGCAAAGAAUGUGGACGUCGUGGGGAAGGCUAAGGGUCAAGGCCAAGAAAAGAACGUCCUCGUGAACAGGGAGAGGAAGGAGAAGAACAAGUCCUCCCGCGGCAACCACAGCAGGAGGCAGGGGGCCCAGUGGAAGCGCACCCAAGGACUUGUGCCGUCGUAAAAUAAUAAACGAAUCUUUUAAUGACGUCA